AUGUCGAUGAAUGUUUUCCGCCUAUGCGGAGACAUGUCCCAUGUCUUCUCCAUCCUUGUGUUGCUCCUUCGGCUGCGAGUGGCAAAAAAUGCUCAAGGAAUCUCGGUUCGGACGCAUGAGCUGUUUCUCCUGGUGUUUGUGACCCGUUAUCUGGAUUUGUUUACUACCUUUUAUUCCAUCUACAACUCUGUCAUGAAAGUCCUCUACAUCGUGUCGACUGCUUCCAUUAUCUACACCAUUCGGUUCCAAGAACCCAUCAAGUCUACCUACGACAAGGCCCAAGAUACCUUUUUGCAUUGGCGUUUUGCCGUGGCUCCUUGUAUGUUGGUGGCAGCCGUGACUCAAUUCUUCACCAGCGGUUCUGGUGGCUUUGAUCUUCUGGAGUUGCUCUGGACCUUUUCAAUUUACUUGGAAGCGGUCGCCAUUCUCCCACAAUUGAUUGUCCUUCAACGCUACGGUGAAGUGGAAAACUUGACUGGAAAUUACAUCUUUUUCAUGGGUGCCUAUCGUGCGCUCUACAUUCUAAACUGGAUUUACAGGGCCCACACAGAGAAGGGGUACCAGCAUCAUUGGAUCGUUUACGCUUGUGGUGUCUUGCAGACUCUUUUAUACGUUGAUUUCUUUUACUAUUACUUCAAGAGCAAGAAAAAGGGAGGGAAAUUUAAGUUGCCUACAACUACCAAGUAA